CCAUUGCAUUGGCCCAAAAUAUUAAUCAUCAAAAUUCGGCCCUUCUAUUUUGGCGCCAAGGCAGCUCUAACGGCCGUAAUUGCCUCCGUCAAUUUUGCCGCCGGAAAUGUAUUCAACCGCUCGCCGUACUAACCCAGUUGACUGUAGUCAACGUUAUUCGCCGUCACCGAUAUACAAAUCGUCUUUUCAACUAAUUCAGUCACGCAAAAUUGUUUCCAUUUCUUUCUACGCUAAAAAUCAUCACUUUCCCAAUAGAUUCCGGCGAAUCCGUACCAUAUCCGGCGGACACGUGUCUUCUCAUUCACCGGAAUCUUCAAGUGUCGAUAACAAUGCAUUUAAUUGCGAUUCAACUCAUAAUGACUUUGUAUUGCCACCUGGUAAGUUGCUGUUCAGAAAUGUGACAUGGAUUGGUGUUGCCACUAUUACUAGCAAAGUUCUGGGAUUAGUGAGGGAAAUUGUAAUAGCUUCAGCUUUUGGGAUUGGUCCUGUAGUAACUGCCUUCAGGUAUGCUUCGGUGCUGCCUGGUUUUGCUGCAUCAGUUCUUGGCGGUGUUAAUGGUCCCAUUCACAUCACAAUGACAGCUACAUUAAGUAAGCUUCCAGAGGAUCGUCAGAAGAAGCUAUUUAAGCAUGCAAAUACCCUCAUGAUCCUGGUAGGAGGUUUGAUGGCUGCCCUAGUGUUCAUAUUUUCUGAGUCUGUAAUUCAUAUAUACGCAUCAGGUCUGUGGACCUCGACAGAAGGCCAAAUAACAAGCCGACUAGCUAUCCAACAGUUGAAAAUAAUGACUUCUUGCAUAGUUUUGGCUGGCCCUGUUGGGCUUGGAUUUGGUUAUUCUAGUGCAAAAGGGGAAAAUGUCUUUCCUGCGAUAAGCCCUACCUUGUCUAGCUUGCUCCUGAUUGCCAGUUGCAUCUUUUACUCCCUUAGCAGACCGGAUGCCUUUUGUUCUGGCGGUAUUCUUCUGUCUUGUGGAGCUUCACUUGGUGUAGUAGUUCAAUGGAUUAUCCAGGUGCUAUUGCUAUGGGGAACAAGGCAUGAAGUUAUUUCAGAAUCAUGGAUUGACGGAUUGAACAGCGAGGAUAUUUAUGACCUUUUCUCGAUCCUAGUACCAGCAAUAUUCAGUUCAGGCUUGGCACAAAUAGCAUCAUAUACUGACCUCUGUUUCGCAUCUCAUUUUCAUGGUGCUGCUGCAGGUCUUUCAUAUGCUUUUCUUUUGGACAUGGCACCUUUGGGUUUGCUUUCAAGCAUGGUUACUGGACUGAUAAGGACAGAGUCAUGGUCAACCCUGGUAAAGAAGAAAAACAGAGCUGUUCUGCUUUGCAUGGUGGUUCUCUUGCCGAUUCUUUCUGUCAUGAGUAGCUUAGCUGAUCCAAUCAUCCGUGUCUUGUUCGAGCGAUAUGCAUUUGAUUCUUCGGCAAGUGCUUUAGUUUCUUCUCUUUUCCUUUUCUAUUCUCUUGGCUCACCAUUCUUGAUUGUCAGAGGAUUGCUAGUUGCAGUGUUUUAUGCCUUUGGAGAUGGACUGAGACCUUUCCUGGUUAGUAUUGGAGCUAUUGCUCUAAAUGCUAUCUUGGAUUGGUUCUUUGUUCAUAGAUUACAUAUUGGAGUGCAAGGAUUGGCACUUUCAACAUCACUCACAGCUGCCUUGAUUCUCAUUACUCUGAUCCAUCUUCUUCGAAGGAAGGUUGGAGGACUUCUCCUUCUUCGUGAAUUGAUAAGUCCUGGUUUGCUUCUAUGCUUCCGUUGUGUCAUCUCAAGCUUUGUUACCUCCUUCAGUUAUGAAAUGGUUUCCGAAAUUUUCCUUUCUGAAUAUAUUACAAGGUUACCUAGGAUCCAAGAACUCUUCUGUAUAGUAUCAGCCGCUGUUCUUGGAAUUAUUGGCUUCUUUGCUUCUCUUCUGUUAUUAUAUAUUUCUGGAUAUAAACUGGAGCAGAAUAACUUGAAUAUUGACGAAAAAUAAGAUUAAAGCACAGUUCCUUAGUAUUUGGUCCUAAACUACUUGUGCAUGCCAGUUAUUGCCAAGUGUUUUUGUUCAAUGAAGAUUGAAGAACUCAAAUAAUUCAGAGUAAAGUUUUGGAU